AGAGUCCUGCCCAUAACUGUGCUGAGGUGGGUAGACGCUAGACUGAGUCGUGAAAAGCUGAACUAAGUUGGCACAAUGAGCAGUAGCGGCGGUAGCUUGAGGAGCAUGUUGGCGGCAGCGGCCAUAAGAGGAGUGACAGAAGCAAGGGCGAAGAUAUUCGGUCACGUUCUGAACCCAACAGGCCAGAGAUCACCUCAUAAGAUUCUCCGUAAGAAGCUCAUCGGCGAGAAAGUCGCUCAGUGGUACCCUCAUGAUAUCAAGAAGGACGAUCCACUUGUAAUGGCCCGUCAAGAACAAGAGCGCUUAUCUAAACUAGAAAUGUUAAAACGUCGUGGGAAGGGUCCUCCCAAGAAGGGCCAAGGAAGAAGAGCUGUUAAACGUAGCAAGUAGAGGUAAUCCCUUCAAGUGCUUUCUGAUUCAUGUCAUUCUUUUUAGUUUGAGAAUAUUGGUGAAGAGUCAAAUUGUGUCUGAGCUUUCAGAACUUAGUUAAGUGUACUCUGAUCAUUGUUGUCAUUGUCAAUGCAAUGGAAGAAACACAUUUUGGUGUAUUAAAAGAUCUCAGCAUUGUUCAGAUUUUUCGAUUGAAAUGAAUCAAAGUCUUUGCUUU